GGCUUGCCGGAGGAACGAAAGGGAAAAUAUCGGAGUUUACGACCGGUGAAUCUCGCAGAAGCAGCGAUGGUCGUCGAGGGACCGAGGACGCGUUUUCUUCCCGUACUGAUGGUGAUUUCCUUCACGUUUCCCGCUGUCUCCAUCGCUUAUCGGCCUGGAGAUAUUGUCCCGAUGAGCAAGAUGGGCCAGUAUCACUCCUCGAGGACGACAUGGCAUGACGUGAUUGGAAAACACUGUCCCAUCUUCGCCGUCAAUCGCGAGGUGUUGAUCCCAAUAGCGAAACCAGUUGGCUACACGGGAGCCGAUCCUUACAAGAUAUCGUUCCAAGUUGGGAGAGAGAAGUUUUUCAUUCCUUGGCUUUUUGUCAUCAAUCGCAAGAGUUCAGAGGUUCCGAUGAUUGAUGUGCAUCUGCGUUAUUCUGGAGGAGAUUUGCUUGGCGUCACUGCUAAAGUCAUCGAUAUGCCUCAUAGCUAUUUGGAGAUACAUCCGGAGAUCCGCAAACUAUUCUGGGAUCCUCAGCACUGGCCAAAACAUGUCCUUGUUAGAUACACAUGGGAGGAGCAGUCAGAAAUCGAUAUCUCUUCUGGAUUUUACGUCCUCUUUGGAUCAGCGCUGGCGAUGUCUUUUAUGCUAUCCAUCUACGUCUUACAGUCUUCGCGGGAGAAGCUGGCGAGGUUUGUAAGAGAGACAGUGGUCGAAAGCAGCACGCCCUCUGUCGGAAUUGCCAAAGUCGAAUGAACCAACCUUCGCCAAUUCGCAGAAUUGCCCUUUUCCUUGCUGCUUUUCGAGGUACAUAUACAUAUGUUAUUACUCCUAUGUUAUAUGUACCGUAGAAUUGGCCUGGGGAGAUAGCUCGGGUUCCCUCAAUUUCGGAUUUCGGUCUAUGUUUGGACUCGAUUUUAUAUUCAGUUUUUGUUGCUAAAUAUAUGUUUGAUUUGUUCGAGUACGAUAGAUCAUUAUUGCGUUUGACCCUCGAGUUGAUUUCUUA